GAGUCAUGAAUAAGCUCAAGCAAAGCCUGUGGCAAGGCAGUGGGCCAAAUUAUGAGCGGGUUGACCUUGAGGAUGGUUUCGAGAAAGAGCACACCACUAACAAGAGGCAAUCUUCACGACAUACUAAACCGGUGAUCAUAAUCCUUGGGUCCUUGAUCGCCAUUUUUCUAUUUCUAUCUUCGGGUGGUCAUGACUCUGCCAAAACCACUGUUUCCUCGGAGGAAGACAUUGUUGCCACCAGCUUACCUCCGGAUGAUCUAUCCGCUGUUCUUAGUACCGCCAUCCUGAACUAUCCGGAACCCAUGUUGAUAGGAUUCACGGGUAAGAAGCAGGAGGACGAAAAUGCUGACUCCACUCUGGACUUGGCUCAACGCAUUUCUCGCAAGACUAGUAUCCUUGGCAUCGACAAGCACCUUAGGAACAUCUCAACAACUCGUGAUGAGGAUCUUGUGGUUAUUGCCGAUGGUUCAAACAGCUGGUUCCAAUUGCGCCCCCAAACACUUCUUGACCGGUACUUUGAAUCGAACAGGAACGCGGAUGAACGCAUCAGGAAGGAGCUCGGAGUAAAUGCCGACGUCCUGGGCAUUCGUCAACGAAUCAUCUUUGGUGCUCAAAGAGACUGCUCGCCUUGGAACGCAGAGGAUCCAGCUUGCGCCGCGGUGCCCGGGUCAACAUUGCCCAAUGACAUCUAUGGACCCCAGACUGAUGCUGAAGCUGGUGAGGGCAAGGAUCCCUUCACGAAGCAUCGCCCAAGAUACAUAAACUCUGGCUUCGCCAUGGGUCCCGUCAAAGAAAUGCGUAAGCUGUACGCCGAGGCUGCCAAACGCAUCAUGGGCGACCAGCAUCUCCAAGAUGGAGGUAAAGUUCUUGGUCAGCUCUUUGCCGAGCAAGAGAUGGCUCGUGAAUCAUACAGAGUUCAAUCAGGUUCACCCUUCGCACGUCUUGGCUCGUGGCUUUCAUCAUUUUGGGAAAGUGCCAGCGCAGUUCAGGAUAGACAGGCACAGCAGCUGAGAGAGACUGACCUCUCACGAGAGUACGGAAUCGGUUUGGACUAUGCCAGUGGACUUGCCUUUGAGGCUGCCCAUGCCGACGCUGAUAUGGAGUUCGUACAGUUUGGUGAUGCAGCAUCAGUGCACGCAGCCAGCGCUAAGCAUGGUAUCAGUGAUAGCCGAAUCAGUCAAAUUGCGCCUGAUGUUGGUGCAUCUUUGCCACCAUUCUGGACUUAUAGUCAGGAGAUCCUUCCNUCCCGCAACACAUCUUGGACGAAUGUUUCUCUCCUGACUAAUGCCUGGACUGGCGUCACGCCCGCCGUUGUUCAGCACGACAUGAACAAUUACCGCAGCGGUUCUCAGCGUGAAGCAUGGUGGUCUCAUAUGUGGUUCCAAAAGUAUGCUCGCAAGUUGUUCGAUGUCCAUGUCCAGAUGCCUAUCGGCCCUGUCGCCAUCUCUGGCUACGACGCUUCAUCCCGUCGUCAAUGGUGGGGUAUCGAAGACUGGAAGGGCGGUGCAAGAAACGAGACCAAGUUCUGGUGGAGAUAUGAAGAUGUGUGUGGAGGAACAGAGACCGAAGUCUUCAGAGACAACAAAGGUCCGUGGUACCUUCCAUCUAACCAU